AUGGAAGUAGAUAGUUGUCAAGGGGCCUUACGCGCUUUCAUUCAACUCAAACAGCAGUACUCUCAAAUGCGCGUCAUUCUGUCCAUCGGGGGAGGAGGCAAAGGAAGCGAGAACUUUGCAUCCGUGGCCCACAAUCGCGCGAAGUUGGAAACCUUCGUACGAAGCGCGCGCCAAUUAGUGGAUGAGCAUGGUCUGGAUGGAAUUGAUAUUGACUGGGAACACCCUGCGACGUCCAAGGAGGGCAAAGAUUACGUUCGCCUGCUUUCCCGCCUGCGCGAGGUCCUCCCUGCCCCCCGUUACACUCUGACAACCGCCCUACCCGCUGGACAAUGGGCCCUGCGGAAUAUCGACCUCUCGGCGGCGCAGAAAUACUUGGAUAUGAUCAACCUGAUGACGUACGACUUCUCGGGGCCUUGGGAAUCCGAGACUGGCCACCACGCCCAGCUCUACGGUUCUCCCACCUCAUGUUAUUCGGCGGUCAAUUAUGUUCUCACCCAAAAAGUGCCGUCUCAGAAAAUCAUCCUAGGGAUCCCCACGUAUGGGCGCUCCUUUCUAGGAAGCAAUGGACCGGGCCAGCGAUAUACCGGCACGGGUGGUGAGGAUGGUGUGUUCGACUACCGCGACCUCCCGCGGCCCGGUGCUCAAGAGUAUUUGGAUGAGCAAGCUGGUGCUGCAUCAUGUGUCGGUGGGGAUGGGGGCUUUGUCUCGUAUGACAAUCCCUGGACGGUUCAACAGAAGGCCCAGCUGGCCAUCUCCUCCAAACUCGGAGGCCUGUUCUAUUGGCAUAUCUGCUCAGAUGGCAGAUCCCCAAGCCUCAUAGAAACAGGGUAUAACACUCUCCACGACUUGUAA